AUGAAAGGAUUCUAUUGCUAUCUGCUUCGCAUUUUGGCCCUUGUUGGCUCGUUGGAAAACUUCAAUCUCUUAUGCAUUGCUGCUGAUCCUACAGAUGGUUUCACAGCUGUUCCAUUAACAGAAGCAAACUUUGAGUUGCAGAAACCAUAUAAUUUACCGCUAAAUGAGCGAUACAGUUAUGAAGAUGGAAUACGCCGUAUGUGGGUCUAUGCUACUGAUAAGCCACACGACCCUAAUAGUCACACUCAACCAAGAACUGAAGUUCGCAUGAAAGGUGUUGACUAUACAUCAGGAGUAUGGCAAUUUGAAGGCUAUGGCUUCGUGCCAAACGGAACAUCAGGUGUGACAGUAGCACAGAUACAUGGUGCAGCUGAGGACUCAAGUACUUUAAUACUGAGGAUCUACGAUGGCAAUUUGAGGUAUUAUAGUGGAGAUUUAGUGGCUACUGGUCUUUACGACAGGUGGUUCAGGCUAAACAUAAUCCAUGAUGUGGAUAAAGAUUCGGUGACUGUAUACGUUGAUGGUGAGCAAAAGUAUUCCACUAAAGGUCGAGGACGAAGCGACUUCUAUUUCAAAUGCGGAGUUUAUGCUGCUCCUCGUGCCAUAAGCUAUUACAUGGAGUCAAAGUGGAGAGACAUCAAAAUAUAUAAGAAGUGA